AUGAGGCCCGGUGUUCGCCCCGAGAUGAGUGUGGGGGUCUAUACUGCAUCUGAUGGCUUCUUUGAAGCCCUGUGGGAGGGCGGCGUCACUCAUGUCUUUGUCAACCUGGGCUCUGAUCAUCCCUCUAUCCUGGAGGCUAUGGUGAAAGCUCAAAAUGGAGGUAGCAAAGAAUUUCCGAGAAUUGUGACAUGUCCAAACGAGAUGGUAGCGCUGUCUAUGGCUGAUGGCUACGCUCGAUUGACCGGGAAGCCCCAGGCCGUGAUCGUACACGUUGAUGUUGGCACACAGGGUCUCGGUGCCGCAGUACACAAUGCCUCCUGUGGACGCGCGCCGGUUUUGAUCUUUGCCGGGCUUUCUCCGUAUACAAUCGAAGGGGAGGCUCGUGGCUCGCGCACGGAAUACAUUCAUUGGAUCCAAGACGUACCUGAUCAGAAGCAGAUCGUUGCGCAAUACUGUCGAUACACGGGAGAAAUCAAGUCUGGCAAGAAUGUGAAACAGAUGGUCAAUCGAGCUCUCCAGUUUGCAACCAGUCAUCCUCAGGGCCCUGUCUAUCUUAUGGGAGCACGAGAGGUGAUGGAACAGGAGAUCGAGCCUUACAAACUGAAUCCAGCUCACUGGGGUCCUGUCGGACCAGCUGCAUUGCCGCACCACGCCGUUGAAUUGAUCACGUCCGAGCUUGCCGCAGCCAAGAAUCCUCUGGUGAUAGUGGGCUACACUGGCCGGAACGCUCAGUCAGUGACGGGAUUGGUGGGGCUUGCUGAUAGCUUCAAGGGUAUUCGCGUUCUGGAUACCGGUGGCAGCGAUAUGUGUUUCCCUGCCGAUCAUCCUGCUUGGCUUGGUCUCCGCUAUCCGGGACAUGAAGCCGUUGAGACGGCUGACUUUAUUCUUGUUAUUGACUGCGAUGUGCCUUGGGUACCAACCCAAUUCAAACCAUCCAACUCAGCCAAGAUCGUGCACGUCGAUGUUGACCCGCUCAAGCAACAGAUGCCGGUCUUUUACAUACCCGCCAUGGCGACGUUCCGAGCAGAUUCCGCUACAGCCCUGGGGCAGCUGAACCAGCACAUUUCAAGCACCAUGUCACUCCAGCGAUUCAUUACUUCUCGCGAGAACAGUGAGAUGGGUCAUAUUCGCGAAAAGCAAUACGCAAAGCGCCGGCAAGAGAUUAGCGACCUGGCAAUGAAUCCUGAAGGAGGCGAGUCCGCGCAUUUGAAUAUUUCUUAUCUGAUGGCACAAGUCCGAAAAGAAGUCCCUGCAGACACGAUAUGGGCUAUCGAGGCUGUAACACUUACACCUCAGGUUUCUGAUCAAGUCAGCGCAACACUGCCAAACUCAUGGGUCAACUGUGGCGGCGGAGGUCUUGGCUGGUCGGGCGGCGCUGCUCUUGGUAUCAAGCUUGCCUCGGACACAGAACACGGGGGUCCCGGCAAGGGCAAGUUCGUCGUACAGGUCGUUGGAGAUGGCACUUUCCUCUUCUCUGUGCCCGGGUCCGUCUACUGGAUUGCGCGCCGGUAUAAUAUUCCAGUCCUGACAAUUGUUCUCAAUAAUAAGGGAUGGAACGCACCUAGGCGAAGUAUGUUGCUCGUUCAUCCAAAUGGAGAUGGGUCUCGAGCCACGAAUGAAGACCUCAACAUAUCUUUUGCCCCGACGCCUGAUUACUCUGGUAUCGCAAAGGCUGCUGCGGGUGGGGAACUAUGGGGCGAUCGAGCCUCUACAGUCGCCGAGCUUGCGCAGAAGCUACCUGAGGCUGUGCAGAGUGUAAUGGCAGGCAAAGCAGCAGUUUUGGAAGCGCAACUCGAUGGAUCGAUGGGCAAGUUUGUUGGAGCAUAA